UUUUAAAUCGGACUUGUGGAUUAUUGGUUGAUCAAGAGACCGUAUGAGAUGGAUCUGACUGCUUAUUUUAGGCACAAGUCUUUGUUUAUUUGGAUUUUCACUGUGUUAGUCAACACCAUCACUAGCAAGAAUGCAUUUAUAUAGAAGAUAAGUAACCUUGAUCAAGUGGCAUGAUCAAUCGAGCAGGUGGAACAAUUGAGUGUGCAUAAGUUUCUCCUGGGAGGACUAAUUAUGGAUAUUGAUGCUUUGUUUGCUGCUGCUUUGGCCGGAGAUACUAAGGCCAUAGCGGAAUUGGCAAAGAUAGCUGAUCAACCGAGCACAGAUGACCAAAGAACUAUCCUUCACAAUGCAUGCUUGAAUGAAAAUAUGGAACCCCGGGUGCAAUUCAUUUUGAGGGAGUUUUCGGACAAAAACCUCUUGGUCAAGCUGGAUAAGUAUAAGCAGACUGCACUUCACCUUGCAGCAGGCCGCGGAUACACUAAAGUGGUUGAGAUCCUCAUCGAUGCAGCCAGACGUAGUUUGCCUUCUACGGCUACUGAUGAUUCUCAUAAUUCACUUAGUGGUGUUGAAGAUUUUUUGAGGAAAGCAAAUUACAUGGGGGACACUGCCUUGCACCGAGCUGUGACCAGUGGUGAUGUGGCUACUGUCAAGCGGUUAGUGAAAGCCGAUCCAAAUGAUGGACACGUUCAAAAUUCAGGAGGCUAUACUCCAGUCUACCUUGCAGCAAAGUCGGGGUACAAUGAUAUAGUCAAGAUGAUUUGUAAAAAUUGCACAGGUCCAUCCUUGGAUGGCCCUGCAGGUACAACUGCUCUGCAUGCUGCUAUCAGCCAACUCAAUCAAGCAAGAAAAAACGACAAAGAUAUAGUUAUGGUACUCAUGGGUUCGGCCAAAAGUUCAUCUCUUCUAAAGGAUGCACCAAAUAAGAAUUUUGAAGCUUUAUUUGAUAGAACUGACCACGAAAAUCGAACUCUCUUAAGUCUAGCAGUGCACAAAAAUCAACUGGACGUGGUUAAGUUGAUACUAAAAGAAGAUCCGGCAUAUGAACCUAUGUCUGAAAGGAAAAGGAGUGAUCUCAAGUCUCUAAUUCACAAAGCAUGCAAAGAAGGGUACAAGGGUAUUGUCAAAGCACUCUGUGAAAAAUACGAAGCUGGAAAAACUAAAUAUGCAGGUCAUUCCCUCCUAAUUGAUGCUAUUAAACGGGGCAAUAAAGAAAUUUUUUUCGCGCUCCUAAAAUAUGACGCGCAUCUUGUCACUUAUGAAACAUUUACGAAGUGGACAGCACUUCAUUAUGCGGCAUUUUACAAUUUUGAUUCAAUAGUUGAUGAUAUUGUGCAAGCCCAAGUAGAUGUUGAAUACAAACCUUUGUACGGAGCAAGUGUAGAAACACCGCUCAUGCUAGCAGCCAAACAAGGAUAUACAUCUACAUUAAUCUUAUUGAUGAAUUUAUUGCCAGAUUUAUCAUGUGUAGCUGUUAAUGAUAAGGGUCAAAAUAUAUUACAUAUCGCAGUGGUUCAAAGCAACAAAGAUAUGAUACAGAGUAUCUUAGCUUAUUGUCCAGAAAGUUGUACUGACAAGAUUCUGAAUGCCAAGGAUGUCAAUGGCGAUACACCCCUCCAUCUGCUUAUUUAUCAUGGUUGCUUUGUCCCGGACCUCAUUAAACAUAAAAGGGUCAAUACAAUGGCAGAAAACAACCAAGACUGGACUCCAUUUGACAUGUUAUAUUUUCAAGACAAAGUCACAGCCGAUCAGGUGAAAAUCAAAAUACUACUUAAUGAUAUCCAAGCUACUCAGCAAAUUAAGUUUUGGCCUGGAAGUCGCACUAAAGGGACAUUGGAAAAUUUCAAAAGUGCAGUGCCCGCAAGUACUCGGGCCUUAAAAGAUGCAGAAUUCAUGAGACAAAUAAAGGUAAUGAUGAAUAAAGAGCUUGAAGAGAUGAAAGAAGAGACUAAGCGAUACAGGGAGAGGACCACCACACAGAUAAUAGUCACCGCACUUAUCACAACAGUGACUUUUACUGUCGGGUUCACCAUGCCCGGAGGAUACCAUCAAAGUGGAGAAUCUGAGGAAGGACUGGUACUUCUUUCGAAGAAAAAAGCUUUCCAAAUAUUUAUGGUAUCUGAUGCAUCAGCUCUUGCACUAUCAAUAACUUCUCUGUUUAUCUACUUUGUUUCAUCAUUGUAUGAUAAUCCCAAACAAGUGUCGAGAUUUGAUGCUGCAUCAACAGGUCUCAACAUCGUUUCUGUUGUAGCAAUGAUGUUGACCUUUAUAGCGGGAAUAUAUGUUGUACUAUCCAACUCGCCAGGCCUAGCUAUGAUCGCUUGCAUCAUCUGUUCCACUUUCUUUCUUUCCAUUAUUGUUUUAUUGAUUAAGUUGAUGUUUGAUUGCAAAACAAGUAGAAAACUGAAAGUUUGAGAAGGCUAGUCAUUAAUUCCAACUGUUUAUUGUAUUUCCACUUUUCAUGAUGCAUUGUUCAAUCUAUUUUCAUGACAUUGUAAUACUUAAUUACCCUUAAUUGUGUCGUGAGACAGUAUUUUUCUUC